GGAUGACCAACAUUGGGUCAUCUCCAAGUAAAUUUGAAGCUCAUCUGAACUUAUAUCUAAUUUUUAUUUAAUUAUGUUAUUUUUGUUCUCAGAAACCAAGUCUCUUCCCUUAGUUUAAUUUCUACAGCCUAAAACAUUAAUCUCCAUCUGAAACCCCAUAUCUCCAUAAAUUCUCAAAAAUACCAAAUGUCUGAAUCAGCGCUAAUAACCAAUAACCCAGCUCCUCAUAACUUUCUGUUCGUCUUGCCUAUGAUCCUUGCUUCAAUAUCGCCCUCUCCUCUCACGUCCCAGUGGGCUACUGCCACCAAUUUCCCAUCAAGUCGCAAUAAUUGGUUUGCUGUAGCCGAAUCUCCCAGUCAUACAGUAACAGCAUUUCACCGUACCAUCACCAACUCCCUGUCUAUCCUUUCUUCCAUAAACUUCACUUGGCCACUAGUCUUGUCAAGAGUUCACUCUUCAAAAAUAGCUAUUUCUCAAGAAGAAUUCUUGGGUAUUUUUGGAAGUAAAUUCGCUUCUCUGAUUUCUUAACUGAGAGAAACAUAAAUGAAAGCUCCUCGGAACUAAGCUCAACAUUUUUACACUCGUUGUUGAGCUUUAAUCUUAUAUAGCUUUCUGGGUAACUCAAAAAUAGAAGCUUUAAUGAUAAGUCCUGUUUUAUGUCUAGUUCCACAGUUCCAGAUGCUAUUAAAAGUUAAUUACAAAGACUAUCAAUAAUAAUUAUUUCUUGGACUAUUUCCUCGAUUAGAGUGUAUUUAUACUGCAAAAUUAUAUCAAGAAACUAGUUUUGUAGUCCUCAUUACAAAUUAUCUAUAAAUUGAUGAAUUUUCACCUAGAUUUUGCGAUCAUUUCAGGUGCUAAUUUACAGCACCAAUCAAGGAUAAGAUAUGAGCCUUUUAGCCUGAAGUUUUAGACAUCUACAGUAAUUUUUAUAGCUACCAGACAGAAUUCAUGAUAAUUUAGAAUCUUUGGAGGAACCUCAAGAGUAGAAGGCUAAAGAUGUGAGACAAGAGCUUUAAGAAAAGAUUUUACUAUUUUUCUGAGAAUAAAAAGGAAAGAGAUCAUCGAGGAAUUUUUUCAAGAAUAACUCUUCAAAUUACUAGUUAAAGACAGUAUUUGAAGUAUUUAUGGUCCUUGCUUUUACAGUAAAGCCUUGAUCAAACAUUACUAAAGAAUUUUGGAUCUUUAUAAAGCAAAGGAAUAUUUAUACAAGAUUUUCACCCCAGUUCAAGAACAAAAUUUCACAUAAAAGCUUCAAAGCUUAAGAUUACUUGAAUUCCAGUCCACAAAACUUUGUUAUCAAAUAGUAUGAUGAACUUAAUUUGAGAAAAUUUGUAGUAAUAAAAGAUGUAACCUAAUUCAAGCAGAGAACCCAAAGAACAAGGUAAAUAUUU